AAGUUUAUCAACGGUCUACAUGGCCCACUCUCAAUUCAGGUAUGGCCUACACUACAGCCCAUCAAAUACAACCACCAAUCUUACUUUUUCUCAACCCACAUGACACCAUCACCACCACGAUAGCCGACCAAUAAGGCAACAACAUCAAGAACGAAGGAUCAACAACAUUCAACAACACACAUGGCAUCCGUACAAUGAAUGCAACUCGUGGGGCUCCCAACCCCAUUAGUCAGCGGGUGGUGAGUGAUGAAUUCAGCUGCCAACUCUACUACUCUCUUCUCUAUUUUGCGCGCACUCUAGCAUCACUCCAAGACUCACCCACCACCACCACCACCACCGACGACUUUCUUCCUUUAAAACUACUCCACAAGACCCUGCCCUACCACAACCACCACCAUCAUGUCCGCCCCACGCAGGAUCCCACCACCAUGCUGGACCGACGACGAAACCAUAGCUCUAAUCUCAUCCUUCAACGACAAGUGGCUCAGCCGCAGUGGCAGCCGCGGCAGCCUCAGCGCCUCCGAAUGGGAAGCCGUGGCUACCGAUGUCACUUCCAAAUCCUCCACCCAGUGCCGCCACAAGAUGGAGAAGCUCCGCAAACGCUACCGUUCCGAAAAGCAAAAGCACAAUCAUCACUCUUUCGUCUCUUCCUGGGUCCUCUUCCCUCUCUUGGACGAUAUAGAAGCUCGCUCUUCCUCUUCUUUUUCUUCUUUUCCGUCUCCGGUGCCACCCAAGAAGAAGAAAAUUGCUCAGACUAAUGAUAAUUCUGACUCUGUUCCUGGUUUUGGAAAUGGGAUUUCUAUUAAAACCCUUUCUGAUAGGAAUUCGAUUUCUCAGGCUUUGACGGCCAAAAGCUUUUCCAAAGUUGGUGGUAGUUUCAAUGCUGAUCGUGAAUUUUACCGCAAAUCGAGAGGUGGGUCUGGCGUAGAAAGCUUAGUUGGUCAAAAUUUGGUGGCGCCUCAGGAGAUUCGGUCGAGAAGCUAUAGCACCGUUACGGAUAGUUGUAGUUCUAAGCCUGAUUUUGAUGAAAAUGUUGGUGGGUUUCCUGUGAGAACCUUGGGUGAAAGGAAUUUGGUGCCCCCGGGGUUUGAGCAGAAGAAUAAUCCUGUUAAAUUAGGUGAGAAGUUUAGUCCGGAGUUUAAAUACAAGCAUAAGAUGGACUAUGCCAUUGACAAAAGAGGUGGGAAUUCUGUGAAUUCGAGAAUUAGUCCGAAGAAUUUGAAUUUUGAAUUCAAGGAUAGGAAUGUGGUUCGGAAGAAGAGGGAGGUGGUGGGUUCGUUUACGGCAGUGGUUUCGGCGAUUAAGAUGUUGGGGGAGGAGUAUGUGAAGGUGGAGACGAUGAAGAUGGAAAUGGCUAUGGAGAUUGAGAAAAUGAGGAUGGAGAUGGAGUUGAAGCGCAAUGAGGUGAUACUCGAGUCACAUAAACUUGCUGUGGAAGCCUUUCUGAAUGCAAUGUUUGAUAGGAAAAAGAAGAAAGUGAAGGUGGUUUCAGUUGAUUCUUAGAUGGAAGUGAAGUUACAGUUCUACUUGGAAUUUGCAAAUUAAGGAAUGUUCCUUUUAUGUACCUACCCUGGUGAAUGACUAGGAAACUUUUUUCCGUAGGAUGGAACUUUCA